AGCUAGCCAGCUUAAAUAAUGGACUUGUCCAUCAUGUUUGUGUACUUCGCAAGUCGUGUAGCUAGAUACGUGACUAUGGAUUAUAUUGUGCUGUGAGCUUCAAAUCGGUGUUACGCCUGGAAGCGUGGAAUGGCCUCCAAGCUACUGGACAGGCUUCGCCGCACGCUGUUCAGAGAAGGGGAGCUCGCCGCAGAUGCAGACGUGCCGGACGACUUUCCGGAAAGCUCUGAACUUGAGGACGAGACGGACUACGUUUCCGCAAGACUUGGUGGAACACUCUGCUUUGAAGGGGAUGUCCUGGACUCGGAAGAUACAGGCGAGGCGUCUGGGCCCGACAGCGAUUCAGACUGCUUUGGGGAGUCCUUAGAUAAUGCAUGCAGCAGCACAGACAUAAGCCCCACUGCGCCUUCCCUGAAGGGCUCAGACAUGUUCACCAGGCAGCUGCAGGAGAGCUGGCGAAACCUGCACGCUCACUGCAUUUCAGAGAAGCUCAUUUUUGAAGUGACUGAUGCGAGCGUUGUGCAAGAAGCCAACUCCAAAUACGUGCUUUACACUAUUCACGUGAUUCUGUCCGGCGCGUUCGACAAGACCCCGGCGGUCAUCACACGCCGCUACACGGACUUCGAGCGGCUACACGGGUGUCUACGGCGCCGCUACACCGAGGUGAUGGAGGGCGUGUUCUUCCCACGCAAGAAGCUGCGGCGGAACUUUGCGGCGGAGACCAUCGGCAAGCGCAGCCGCGCCUUCGAGCAGUACCUGGGGCACCUCCACUCGCUGGCCGAGCUGCGCGCGGCGCCCGCCUUCCUCGAGUUCUUCUACCUGGGCGACCUGCGCGCCGGCCAGGUGCUGCUGCGUGUGGGCCGCCACCAGGAGGCGACGGGCUUGCUGCUCAACGCCCUGCGGCUCCAGGAGAGGCUGGGCUGCGCGCCGCCGCCUCCGGCACUCCGGCGGCCGGUGCAGAGGGCCCACUGGGUGUUUGCACUGGCAGCCCUGGCCUGUUGCCUCCAGGAGCUGGAGAGGCCGGCAGAGGCGCAGGAGCACUGCGAGAGUGCACUGCGCGAGUUGGCACCGGCGCGCGAGGCCCUUAGGCAGCAGCAGCAGCAGCCGCCCCGCCUCCACCCGCUGCUCGUACCACUGCUGCAGACCAAUGUGCGGCUCUCGUGGAAGAUUGCCAAGGACAAACGGCACUGGGAGGCCCUCCUGCAGGACAUCCAGGAGCUGGGGGUGGACGUAGGUGGCCAGCCCAGCCUGAAGGAGUGGCUCAUCAAAGAGACACUGGUGGAGAGCGAGGGAGAGGCCAAGUCGAAGAGCAAAGGAGAGGAGGUCACAUAGUUCGGUCGCUGGGUAUGGGUAAUUGAGGACGUUGUGAUGUUUUUUAUGGCAUUCUUAUAUCUAGUGUUGUGGAGGAACCUGUGGAUUGAAUACUAAACUUUUAGUUAUGAUGCUUAAUUUGCAGAGAACAAUCACACUGUAGAAAGCAAUUACAGCUCAUAUUCACCAGCAUUUUUUUUUAAGUAUUUGUGUGUUGCACAAAUUGAAAACAUUUUAAAUGACAUUUAAAUAUCACUACACAUACAACCAAGUUUGUUUUAGAAAUUGUGCAGAGAAUACUCUAAACCUUUCAAACACAGCCUUAUAAGAGAACUAUUUUGUAUAAUUGUUUUAUUGUGUGCAAAUUAGUACAAGAAUUAAAUUUUAAAAUGUUACGUGUAUAGUGUGUAUGUUGAUGAGAGUUACAGAAGUUUUAUUUUUUUAACAGAUUUCACAGGUUUUUUAUGGAUGUUCUUUUGUCCCUAAAUAUUAAUUUCAAGUACAGUCUGUACUACAUUACAAAAAUGUUAGAUUAAAAGAUUUUUGCUGCUACAUGUUUUAUUUUCCAUUUGGUAUGAAACAAAUUCUUAGUUUUUAUUUAUUAUUUAGAGAAACUAUGGAAAUUGUGGUAGCUUACUCAAACUGCUGAAAAUUGUAUAAAGUUUUAUUCCUCUUUUUCAGAAUAACAUUCUUGUGAUGUACAUCAAAACUUUGAAAUAUUGAAGAAACUCAGAUAGUCUUCACUAUACAUUUAAGAUUUUUUUUUAAGACCGCUUUUAAUGCAACGUUAACUGCAGCUUCUCGUGUGUUUGGUUGGUUGUAACCGACAACCAGUGCAUUCAAAUGUCACAUAAGGUUAGCAAACGCUUCACUUAGAAAUAUGACGUGCGCUACGCUGUCCUCACCAGAAAAGGUGUUGGGAUUAAAAAGGAAUGUUAUCAUUUCGCAAAUCCAUAUUUCAAUUGUGUGUGUGUGUGUGUUUGACUGCCUACACACACACGAAUUCAGUUGUUUUUAUUCCCAUUUCAGCUAUUUUCAAGCACUCAUUUCUAGAUUUUAUGUAAAAUGUGAAAUAUUAAAGUUUUUCUAAAGAUGUUU